AAUUUAUUAAGAUGAGUUAUGCAGCUGACCACCUCGCCUGGCAGCAGAGAGUCAACCAGGAGUUCAAUGCAGCUUCCAAAUUUAUGGACAGGACGUACGCUAACCAUAUGCACACAGGAACCGGAUUUGGGAACCCGCUAGGCACUGCAACUGUAUAUCCUUCGGCUACAAGAACUUCAGGAAUGUAUGCUCCAAACAAAGCAAGCGGAUAUGUCGGAAAGAGCAAGCUCAAAGGUGUCCAUGGCUCUUCAGUCAGAUCAAAAUCCAUGAGGAGCGGAUUGUCAAGAAGGAGCCAGCUCAGUAAGAGAAAACCAACCAAGAGAUUCAACGAAGAACUAGAUGUGAUGAGCAGGAGAUCAAAAGCCUCUUACCAUCCUUCCAAGCAGUCCGUAAAGAACUAUGCUCCCCAGCCAGACCAGCAGCAGCUCCAGCAGAAAAGCUUCGACUAUAAUCAAAAGCUGCAAGCAGAAAAUUUAAGAGCAGCCGCCUUGAAAGAAAAGGAACAAGCCCAGAGAGCCGAAGACAAUGACGAGCUAGAGAGAGAAGAUCAGCUAGAAGAAAAUAGAGAAGAAGUAGCAGACAAAGAAGAACAAAAGAUUAAAGAAGAUCAAGACCUCAAUGACGAAAUCGAUUCUUUGUAUUACGGCAGCUACACUGAAAGCAGAAGAAGUGAGAUUUCUAGAAGAAGCCAACUCACUUCGGCUACUUACAUUUCCAAGCUUGAGAAAGAGCUCCAAGAAGAGAGAAAAGCUAGAGAGAAGCUGGCUCAAGAACUGGAGGAAAUUAAGAAGAUUAGCAGUGAAAUUUCAUCCCACCUUGGACUGAAGCAGGCUCUGGAUAACGCAAACUAAAGCUGAUGACUUGU